AUGAUGAUGCUAAACUGUCGUUUAUCGGAAGUAUCACUUGGUUGUUCGAUAACGAUUGAAUAUGAAAAAAUUGAAUGGCAAGAAGGUUUUCAAUGUAGUAUUCGGUUUCAUGGACAACAUUGUCUUUCGCCAAUUUUUCCCAUUGAAAUGACACGCGAUGGUCGAAUGCAAAUGAAUUUUGUAUAUAAAGAUGUUGGAGAAAUUAUGGCUAUUGAAAUCGAAUUAUUAUCAAAUAAAGAAAUAGGAUUAUAUAUUAAAUGGAUUGAAAUUAAUAUUCCAAGAAAAUCAUUUCUACAAAGAUUUGAUGUACAACGUUGGCUUCAUUUGAAUAUGAUUGAUGGACGUACACGACUAAUGUUAGCACCAAAUCAACUGCCUGGUUAUGCACCGAAGAGAAUGCUUGAAAAUAUUGAACAACCAAAACGAGACAAUGUUAAAUAUAUGGUACUUAUUGAAAUUUCACAAACUAAAGGCAAUAUUGAUGGAUCAACAGUAUCUAUCGGUCUAGUCGGAAAAUAUGGCCGAGCAUCGGCAAAUCGAAUAAAUAUGAAAUAUAAUACUACUAUACCCCUAAAAAUUUAUCCGCGUCGAAAUAUCUUCGAAUUAACUAUGCUUGAUGUUGGUUUAUUGCAUGAGUAUCAAAUCAGCUUCGAAAAUAAUCAUAAUAACGGUUCGUUGUUCAUUACAACUAUGUAUAUCUAUCGUAAACAAUAUUAUGAAGUAAACAUUCAACAAUGGAUUGCAAAUGGCCAAAUAUUAAAUGGUUAUACUCGAUCGUUAGAUCUACCAACAGCAUCAACAUUGUUCAAUGAAGUUCAAUCAAAAUCAUCAUUUAUUCUAUGGAUAACUGGUUCUGAUUUAAUUAAAAACGAAAUAACAUUACCAAUAGAAUUUCAAUUAAAUUACCAAAAUACUAUGAUAAAUCCUGUUCAAGAAACAAUUACUAUUCGAGCUAAUAUUCCAUCAGUUUUAGCUCUGUCUACAGCUUGUACAAUGCCAUUAAAAUCAAUCUUACUUGGAUAUAAUCGAACAUCAAUCGAUUAUUGUUUAGCAAGUGAAAUAGUCGUUCUUAAUGUUUUUCAAGGUCAACAUUUUUAG